AUGCAACAACCAUCUGUUUUAGACUCAGAGGACAGCAGUUUGGAGGUACGUGAUCCCCUAGACACCCAAGGAUGGAUGCCCCUGUCCGGCGUCGGUUACCGCAUAUCCAAGGAAAACUCGGACGCAGUGAAAUACAUGUGCGCCCACUGCGGCUAUGCAUUUCACCGUCUCGGCUACUUAAACAGUCACGUAAAAAUCUGCAGCCAGAUCAACCAACAGCAGCUGCACCAGCAACAACUGCAAGAGCAACACUGGCAGCAGCAGCACCACCACCAGCAGCAACAGCAGCGCAUGGAGUCGAUGUGCUUCGUCUGUCACAGCUGCAAAAAGGUUUACCUGAGCAAAGCGAGCUUAAGCCGACACAGGAGGUCCAAUUGUCCUGGAGCCAAGAUUGCCGUCUGCGGCAUUUGCGAUGUCGAGUUUUCCUGCUUGAAUGACAUGCUGCUCCACAAGGAGGAACACUUCAGGGACAAGCCCACGAUUUAA